AUGGCUCCCCUUCCGGGGAAUGAAGCUGAUCAUUUACGUGAAAAAGCGCGCAGAGACUUGCUCAAUCUUCUUGAAGGCGUUCGCGGAAAGAAGAACUUGGUCAUUAGCAAAGACCUGGCUGGCCCGGUCGGAUUGUUUGUCAAGUUCUCUGUUCUCCAAGACUAUGGAGUCGAUCGUGUGUUCUUGCUAGAGAAUGGCAACCUCGACAGCUCACAACGCAAUGUUGUGUUUUUGGUCCAUGCCGAAAAGGUAAACCAGGUUGCUCAAGUUGCUGAACAAAUCAAGAAACUACGUCAAAGCAGCAGUGUAGAACAUGAUAUAUCGAUAUUUUGGGUCCCUCGACGGACUCUUGUGAGUGAUUCGAUACUAGAAGAAGCAGGCAUCACCGGAGAUGUAAAUAUCGCCGAUCUGCCUGUUUACUUUCUUCCAUUGGAGCAGGAUGUUUUGUCUCUGGAGCUUGACACUGCUUUUGGCGAUUUGUAUUUGCACAAAAACCCAGCCAGUAUAUACCUCUCAGCUAAAGGCUUGAUGAACAUUCAGCGGCGCCAUGGAUAUUUCCCUCGCAUCACCGGUAAAGGAGACAAUGCUCGAAAAUUAGCCGACCUGCUUAUUCGAAUGCGAAAAGAGGUCGAAGCAGAGCAGUCAUCGGGCGCCGGCCCUGAUUAUGGCAACAAACUACCUAGUUCAACUAUCGAACAACUCAUCAUCAUUGAUCGGGAGGUUGACUUCGGCACGCCGCUCCUAACACAACUCACCUAUGAAGGAUUGAUUGAUGAGUUUGUUGGCAUACAAAACAAUCAAGCGGAUGUGGACACUAGUAUCGUCGGGCCUGCUACUCAACCUCCACAGCGGUCAUCUGCACCUACACCAACUGCAAGGCCAGGACUGAAGCGAAAGAUUCAGCUCGAUUCUUCCGACCCGCUGUUUAAUCAACUACGAGAUACCAACUUUGCCAUAGUUGGUGACAUCCUGAACAAAGUCGCACGAAGACUUGAAUCUGAUUAUGAAACUCGACACUCGGCGCAGACAACUGCGGAAUUACGUGAAUUCGUCAAUCGUCUGCCAGCAUAUCAGCAAGAGCAUCAAAGCUUGAAGAUACAUACCAACCUGGCAGAAGAUAUCAUGCGCCAGACUCGAUCAGAUAUCUUUCGCAAAACCCUUGAGGUUCAACAAAGCAAUGCGGCCGGUACGGAUCCAAGCUAUCAACACAGCAACAUUAGCGAACUGAUUGCUCGCGACGUGCCAUUAAAGACUAUCCUCCGUUUGCUGUGCCUGGAAUCGUGCAUGUCUGGCGGACUGCGUGCUAAGGAUCUGGAUUUUUUCAAACGAGAAAUCCUGCAGGCAUACGGCUAUCAGCAUCUCCUCACCUUCCGCGCUCUUGAAAAGAUGGAGCUUCUGCAACCACGAGGAUCGGCUACGGCAAUGCUGCUGCCAGGCGCCGUUGGUGGUGCAGUCGCCGGCACAAAAACCAACUACAAUUACCUCCGCAAGAACCUUCGUCUUGUGGUUGAGGAAGUCUCAGAAAAGGACCCUAAUGACAUAUCCUAUGUCUAUAGCGGGUUUGCGCCCUUGUCUGUCCGACUCGUGCAGUGUAUCUUGCAAAAGUCACACAUGAUGUCUCUCAUCAAGGGCGGCUUCACAUCAUCAGCCGCUCCAACCGCGCAGAUCAAUACGUCAAAUACGUCUUCCCCAGGCUGGAUCGGGUUUGAGGAUAUUGCAAAGUCCGCGCGUGGAUCGACGUUUAGUAUCGUGCAGAAAGGAGACGAGAAGGCCAUCCGCGCCAGACAGUCAUUAACAUCUUCCGGUGCUAGCUUGGGCCACCAGAAGACAGUAUAUAUUAUGUUCCUUGGUGGCAUCACAUUCACCGAAAUCGCAGCAUUGAGAUAUAUCGCGGCGCAGGAAGCGGCAACCCGGAAGAUCGUUAUUUGCACCACGGGCAUUCUCAGUGGUGAUAGGAUGAUGGAUGCUGCAAUUGAGGGGGGCACAUUUGGCGUCAAAGACUCGACGCAGCAGACUGCUGCCAUUUGA